GGGCCUAGGGUGUCGCCGUGGUGGCUCCCAUUCGAAGGCGACGGCGGUCGUCUAUAUUUCGGUUCUAAUCUCUCCAGAAAAAAGCGAAAUAACUCCGAGCAGUCAGACAAUUUGACGCACUUUACCGUUGAGUUUUUUUUUCAAGUUCUUCUCGGUCGAGCUUGUGGCAGGGCUCUGGAAUGACGGGGUGUGCCGAGAAUUUGAAUUAGCUCGCCGUUAGUUUGAAGAAAGAGUGAGUCGGGGUAGAGAGAGAGAGAGAGGAGCCAUUUUGUCCCGACUGUGUGGGAGAAAAGAAAGAGUGGAAAAGAGGAAUCACACGGGAGGAGAUCCUAUUUUUGCUUUCUGUUCUCAUGCUGUAAGGGGAAAACACUCGGGCUUGGGGAAUCCAACUUCUCGGACACGUCCACGGGCACGUUAUUUUGGGUGGUAUUUAGCCUACUAGCUUGCCAAGCUAAUCAACAAAUCCCAGAUUGUUAACUGUAACAGCCAAGAGAUCAGGGGCAGUUGGUCAGGUUGGCGAAGGAGCUGGCUUUAGACUACACAUAGGCCUGCUAGGUUAUCAGUUUUUUGUAUCUUGUCUGGGUGAGCACAAGCUGUUUUUCAAUGGCGAAGAAGACGUACGACUUGCUGUUCAAGCUGCUUCUGAUCGGAGACUCGGGCGUGGGGAAGACCUGUGUGCUGUUCCGCUUCUCUGACGACGCCUUCAACACAACCUUCAUCUCCACCAUAGGAAUAGACUUCAAGAUCAAAACUGUUGAACUACAAGGAAAAAAGAUCAAACUACAGAUCUGGGACACAGCGGGCCAGGAACGGUUCCACACCAUCACCACCUCCUACUACAGAGGAGCUAUGGGCAUCAUGCUGGUCUACGACAUCACCAACGCCAAGAGCUUUGAAAACAUCAGCAAAUGGCUGCGCAACAUUGAUGAGCAUGCAAACGAGGACGUCGAGAGGAUGCUGCUAGGCAACAAGUGUGACAUGGAGGACAAGAGGGUCGUACCAAAAGCCAAGGGGGAGCAGAUUGCGAGGGAGCACGGCAUUAGGUUUUUUGAGACGAGUGCUAAGGCCAACAUCAACAUCGAGAAGGCUUUCCUCACGUUAGCAGAAGACAUCCUGAGAAAGACGCCCGUAAAAGAGCCCAACAGUGAAAACGUCGACAUCAGCAGUGGAAGUGGAGUCACAGGCUGGAAGAGCAAGUGCUGCAGUUGAACAACUCCUCUGUUUCACUCACACUAACGCGCACACACACACAACACACAGACACAAACAGACACACACACACAUGUUCUCUCUAUCUCUCUCUAACUGCUAACUCUAACUCUCUCGCUCUCUCUAACCUGUCUCAUGAGUUUUCUUGCACACUGACACUCUGUCUCUUUAUCAGAAUAAAAACAAUAAACCACUUCACUUGUCUAAUCCCCCCAUCCCUCCCCCACCCCACCAUAUUCUUCCACUCUCCAUCUGAUGAUCAUUUUUAUUUCUGAUAAAAAGAGAAAUCCAGUCACGUUUCUUGUCAUUUGUUUUAAAAGUUGUAAAAAAGAAAAAAAAAAAUGUGAAAAGACAAGCUCAUAUUUUUAAUAUUUCCUUUGCCUGAGCUCACCUUGUUGGACACCCUCAUCCAACCUUUACUCCCCCUCUCCUCCUCCUUCCACCAACCCACCCACCCACCCACAGCACUCACCUUCAGUCAGAGGAAAUCAAAAUAAAAGAAAAUCAAACAAAAAAGAGAAAUGUAGGAUUAACAUUUUGUACACUUUAGUGGGGUUUCUGUUGUCUAACCGUAUUUGGUCAUUUACAAUUUGUUACCAAGUGACAGAGGCGUGGCUAGCUCCUUUUGUAUGUGGGGGUUUAUUUUGUCCUGUGCCUUAUAUGGAAGACAGGGGCGGGGCUGUGUGGUGGGCGGAGCCACAUCCACCCAAUGAAAUUACAGUUUAAUAUUCUGUAAGUUCAGGCUCCCGACACAGGGAAGCCGAACUGAAGCAGAAGCGUUUGAAUUUCUCCUCCAGCCAAGAGAACGGCAUUAUACAGUAUGUCCUGUUUAUUGAUUUUAUGUUUAUCUGUAUGAUUUAUUUUACUUUUAUUUUUUUGAUUUCUUUUUCCCUACAUGGGCUGAAUUCUUUUAUUUUUAUUUUUGUUUUUUUUUUUUUCGUUCCUGCAUGCAGAUUUCUUUGGGUUGGAAGCGUUUCUGUAACGUUGUGUAACGUUUGCCACUGGGUAACUGUGGGCGGGAGGUACAGAAGUUCUCUUUGGAAAUUCAAACAGUUUUGCAGAUCCAUUAAAAAUAAGCUUGUUUAAGUUAA